UGGGGGAGUGAACAAGACGCGAGGGAGUGUGAGCUGAUUAUGGACUGUGAACAGGAGGCAGAGAAUGGGGAGUGGGAGAGAGUCGGAGGAGCCACAACAUCUGAAAGUUUUAGAGCCGUGAUCGCGGUAGGUGAUGCGAAGCAAGACUGGAGGUUCUUCCAACAUGUGGAAGCAAAACAAACUCCACAUCACGGACUGAUCCCGACCGACAGAUUUAGUUGUUGCUGCUGCUGCUGCUGACGGGAGACAUUCUUUGUCACGUUUAUGGGGAGGGUGGAAAUAUAAAAGAAAGAAAGGAGGUGCUAAAAUAUGUGCAAAAAGGUCUGAAAGGUACUGAUGAGCUGCACUGUUAUGAUACAGGGGUAUGGAAAAACAUUUUGAGUUCAAGAUCAGCACUGACUUCAGGAGCAGGAGAUGCAGCGGGUGACAAGAAAGUGAUCUGUCUGCUACACUCUCAUUGUGGAAAUACUGACAACGUUUGGAUUAUUACCAGUAUCGGAGUUUAUAGUGUUGGACUGGAUUUCAGUGGAUCCCUUACAAAUAUUGUUUGCCUGCAAGUAGUGAAGCGCCCUGUCCACCCGAGCUGCCCUGCCCUCUGCCCAUGCCUGUGGGACCCAGUGACCAUGCUGACCGAAUGUCCAACACCACAAGGAUCAGAGCCCCGACCCACACUCAGGCCCAAAGCCACCUCUGCAGCACCAUGUCGUGGACAGGCGUUGCUCGACUCGAGACAAACAGCUCUUGGGCAGAAGACUCUCUUGGUGAGCUGAAAUGGGCUGCCCUGCUUAUUGUCAUAGUGAUCAUCCCCACUAUCGGAGGAAACAUCCUUGUCAUUCUUGCAGUGUCACUUGAGAAAAAGCUGCAAAAUGCCACCAACUAUUUUCUGAUGUCGCUUGCUGUGGCUGAUCUACUGGUGGGACUCCUGGUGAUGCCCAUUGCCCUUGUCACUGUACUUUACAAUUCUCGCUGGCCUCUUCCAGAAUUCCUCUGCCCUAUUUGGCUCUUCCUUGAUGUGCUCUUUUCUACCGCAUCCAUCAUGCACCUAUGUGCAAUUUCACUGGAUCGAUAUGUUGCCAUCAAGAAACCGAUUCAACACAGCCAGUACAAAUCCAGAGCUAAAGCAAUGGUGAAAAUUGCACUAGUAUGGCUCAUAUCUAUCGGUAUAGCUAUCCCAAUUCCAAUCAAGGGGCUUAAGAACUACCAUCUUCCUAACAACAUAACCUUCAACAGUAACCACACAUGCCUGCUGAAGACAGACACCUUUCGGGACUUUAUAAUGUUUGGCUCCUUGGCAGCAUUCUUCAUCCCUUUGACUAUCAUGAUGGUCAUUUAUCUACUUACUGUUCAAGUUCUACGUAAAAAGGUUUAUUUGCUUAAGUCAAAGGUGACUCAGCGCUUUACCUACCCAACUGUUUUUCAGAGGGAACAGGUUGCAACCACCCCUCUAAGUGAGCAACUGAACAUGGAGGACAGCAGAGGCCUCAGGACGCAAGAAAAAACAAUCACAGACUCAAACUCUCCUAUAGAUCAAAUGACUUUUCGUAGAAUGUCAACAAUGGGCAAGAAGUCAAUGCAGACUCUAAGCAAUGAGCAACGUGCCUCAAAGGUACUAGGCAUUGUCUUCCUGCUGUUUGUAGUCAUGUGGUGCCCUUUCUUCAUCACUAAUAUCACCUCUGUGUUAUGUACCAGUUGUGACGUUAAUGUAAUCACGCGCCUUAUGGAGAUCUUUGUUUGGGUGGGUUAUGUGUCAUCUGGCAUCAACCCACUGGUUUACACCCUUUUCAACAAAACGUUCAGACAGGCAUUUACACGUUACAUCACCUGUAAUUACAAAAGUGCUAGUAAUGAGCCAGGAAGGCAGCCAUGGGCCUCAAAUGCAGACCGGACACUUGCACGCAUUUCAUUUAGGUCUUCAAUGACAGAAAACUCUAAACUGUUCAUGAGACGAGGAAUGAAGAACGGUAUUGGAUCAGUGAGCUACCAAAGUCCAAUAAGGUGCCGGCAAGGACCUGUACACUUAUCUAGUGGCGUCAUAUUAGACACAAAGUUACUGAGCGAAAAUGAAGAUGGUAAGCAGGAGGAACAUAUUACAUGCUUAUAGAGCUACUAAGCACCAUUAAUACAGGUAAAAAUUAAGCACCUGACAUAUUUGGUCAAAAUUGUAACUCCCCCAAAAUUGCCUAAUGCUGCUACUACAUAACAAGUCAAAUUCUUUCACUGUGUUGUCAAAAUGUUACUUAGUGGGUUAACACAACCAUUAUAAUGUGAAUUUUUACAAGCAACAAUACAUACACACUAGGAUUAUUAAAAAAAAAAAGAGUGGAGGUUUUCAACCAGUACUGGUGAAGAACAAAAAUCAAAAAAAUCUAAAGAUCACACACACUUCAACUUUCUUAUUUUUUGUUUUAGGGAUGACCAGUACGGUCUUUCAAAUUUCUCUGUACCAGAUGCUUCAAAACUAUUGCACUGUUUAAAUGUAUUUGCUGGAUCUUUGGGAAAUGCUCUUUUGACACAAAAUGCUUUCCGAAAUGAAAAAAAACUGCAUACAGCAAAAACUAAAUUAAGAAUAAAUGGACACUUAAAUGUUCUAUACAGUCUUUUUUGUUUCUGAACAAAAGAAAAGUGCCACUUCUAUUUUACUAUUGGUGUGUAUACGUACAUGUUAUACAACAUGAGGUUAUCAGAAAAGGCAACUACAGCAGAUUAUUGAGACUAAGCGCAGACCAAGUUUGAUUUGGAUGGUUUAAACGGUAAGCAAGUUUCAACCUAUUUAUAACACUCCUCUUGUCUGACGGUCUGUCUUAUUGUUAACAAACAAGUGUAUGAUUUAGUAUGAAUUUAAUAUACCCGUAUUUAACAAUUAGACUUGGAGGAGUUUUGCUUUUGUGCAAGUGUGCAUUUUGGGAAAGAGGAGGCAGGGAUCCUUGAGCCAUUAGGGUGGGACCGUAGAGGAGGCCAACUAAAUUGCUCUGGUUCAGAAGUCUUUCCAAACACAGAAGAUUUACACAGAGUUUAUUUAGCGGCCAAUUGAUCACACUAAAUAUCACACAGCCUUUUUUGGGCUUAAAAAUGUACACCAAGAUAUUUGUGCAUUGGCUAGCUUCCCUGUUUAACACCGCUCUUGUCUGCGAUGGCUGAAUCCCUAUAAACAGCCAGAAAAGAAAAUGUGUGAGUGACAAUGGCAAGAACGCCCCGCUUCCCAUGACAGAGGUGAAGUCCUCCAUGAAUAUUAGGAAGGUAAUGCAAUGUGUACUCAAUGUAUCCAAGUUGGCUUAUCUUAGAAAAAAAAGGCAACGAGCAAUAUGUAGUCUCUGCAGCAUGUGAAAAUUAAUGUAUACAAUUUUCAGGCAAAUCAGCGGCAA